UUUAUUUUUUUGGGCAAAGAGUAUUCACCAAUACAGCAGUGAAAUGGCCCCAGUUUUAAUGGUCGGCACGCAUGCUGAAGAAAAGACAGAAGAGAUACCAGUGAGCACUGUAAGCACUCCAGUCGCCUCUGGUGGACAAGACCUUGGGGGCCGAUCUAGAUUCGCAAAACUUGGAAUGGCAACAAACGAUGCGUUAAAUCAAGCAUACAGAGAUAUACUAGAGAUGGAAGUGCCUCCAUCUGAUAUUGAAAGCAAAGCGAAGGCCGUCUCGGUUUAUAAAAGAUUGCGACCAGAACAGGAACAUAUCUUGCUAGAUGCUAAACAUUCGGGAUAUAAGAAUUUUGACAUUUCUUUAUUAUACACACUAAUAAGAAACAUUUGUUCAACGAUUCCUAAACCAACAAAAGGAAAAUGGGGAGAUAACAACAUGCCUGCAGCAGGAGAGAUAUCUGUGGGUGAUGACAUCGAGAGAAUUAGGUUAAUCCGAAACAGUUUGACCGCACAUGUAAGCUCAGCCUCCACCCCUCAGAAAGAAUUCGAUGACACUUGGUCGAUGAUGUCAGAUGUCUGCCAAAGACUAGAAGCCUUCACUGGAAAAAAGUACAUAGAUAGUCUUAAAGGCGUUCAGAAACUGGUUUUAAAAGAAGAAGGGGAGGAUGGAAUAAAAGCUAUCAUAGAAAAGUUUGCCAAGGACCAACAUGAACAACAUGAACUGUUGAAGACAGUCGUGUCAGAUGUUCAAGAAUUAAAAACAAAUAUGCAACAAGUCAAAGACAUCACAAAAUAUUGGAAUCGGGAACAGCAACAGGAGAAUCUGGACAAGGAUGGAAGUCCAGUUAAUACUUUAUAACGACGACCAACAGAUAAAGAACUGAUGACAGUCAGUGAACAAAUUGGGACCAUUUUCCGAAUAGGGAUUACCCUUGGCCUAGACAACGCUACAAUCCAACAAAUAAGGAUUGAUUACCAGAAUCAUGGUGUGAAGAUACAAGUGUUCCAAAUAUUUUGUGAGUGGAAAAGAAAAGAGGGAGGACAAGCAAGUGUGAAGAAGCUCCUUGCUGCUAUCAAAGAGUUCGAAGACGAAGUCGAUUUUGAGAAAAUAGAGAGGGUUUUUAAUGCGUGAUAUGUAUCAGUUGCUGAUGUGUCAAGUCGUUAGUGUGCAUAGUUUGAUAAAUAUCAAACUUUUUUUAUCAAUCAAUCUUGACCAAUCUGAGAAUUGAGAUCUUAAUUUUUCCUUAAGUUUUGACA